AAAGACAGUUCUCUAAUUGGUGAAUCAAAACCCCACUUUAAAGUUUUGACCUUAAAAGAAAGAAUGGAUGAAACCAACACAGAACAGGUCUAUAAUCACUCUCAGUUUGAGAAUUUGAGAAAGUUUUGGGACUUAGAAGCUAAGUCAAACAGUGAGGCUAAUGUUGAGAAGAAAAGUAUCACAACAAACUAUAAACAUUCUAUGCCUUUUAAUAGCCACAAACACAAGGAAUCCAAUGACAUUAAAUCAUCUGGGAAACAUAUGCAUGAAGUAGAGGCUCCUCUAAGCCAUAAAAAAACUCCAGCAAGGAAGGAAAUGGAGAAAUUAAAUUCAAAGAGCAUACCUCAGGUGCUACCAGAUGAAACCACACUUCUGUGGAGACCACCCAGAACAUCUAUUCAUCAGUUGCCAGGAAAUGAGUCAUCAAAGGAAAACAUGGAAAAGAAUACAGAAUGGUCUGUUACUCCAGUAAUCAAGAAAGAAAAAGAUUACUCAGACCAAGAGAUUGAAGAGUCCAUAGUGAAAACAAGUGUUUUUUCUAGAGAUUACAAAGACACUUUUAAUGACAGCCUACAGAAACUGCUUGCAGAAGCUUCACCACCAGCUAUCCAACCUUUUGGUGGAAAAGUUCUUGUGAAACAAGACCUUGAACGAGGUUUUUCUGAAAAUAGAAUGUGGCCUCAAAAGACAGAUUUGGCUGAUGCUGAGGAAGAAGCUGAACAACCUAAAGAGAUAGUUGAAUGUAACACUUUCAUUGCUAGUCUGAACAAACUCCUGAAGGAAGCAUCUGAAAUUUCACCCUCUCCCUUGCCAACCAAUUUGGAACCUGUUACCGCUGGAACCCACUCUGAGCCUGAAGAGAGCAGGAUUUUUGAAAAAGUGAUGGAUGGGAGUCACAACACUUCAGAUGAGAGAGAAAGGAUAGCUUCUUUUCCAAAGGAGGAAGAGACUUUGGGAAAUGCAGCUGUCCCCCAGAAAGUUCAAAGUGGUGAGUGCCAACUAAACACAGAGAACUUGGUUCAGAUGGCUGUGGGAGUUUCUCACCAUCUUCACAGAAAGGAUUCUUUCAGUGAUGAGGCUACCUCUCCCCAACAUCUGUCUUUUUCCUGGGAUGCUCAUCAUGAUUUCCAGGAUAAGGCACUGCCUUCUCAAAGGGAAAUCUCAGAAACUGUAGAAAAAGUCAUUCUUCCACCCAAAACUGCAUUGCAUGAUACAAAUGCUGCAUUACAGAAGCUACUAAGAGAAGCUCAGUUGAGUCAUUUAACUGGGAGGGAAGUAAUCUCUGGAGAAGUGAAUGCAGAAUUUCCUGAAGGAAUACAGGCAGCAGAUAGCCCCCAAAUUUCUCAGGGAAUUAUGGCACCAGGAGCUACAAUCAAAGUUCCAGACAGAAAGGAUUUUUAUUCCUUUAAUUUAGUUCCUGAUAAAACCUAUGAAAUUGGAUCUUAUGUAGUAUCUACAGACAGAGUAGUUCAAAUACCUCCAUCAGAACAGAGCUUUAUCUCAUCUGGUUCCACUGUUGUUCUUUAUAGCAAAGAACUACCUCAGGAAGGGGCAGAAACUGUGAGGGAAACAAUUAUUCACCCCAAAUCACAGCACCUCAAAUUCAGUUCUGGCUUAGAAAAACUACUGGAGGAAAUCAUUGAAAACUUCCCUGCAAAAUAUGAAAGCAGUACAGGGACUCUUUCUGUGUCACAGUCAAUAGGCAGUACUGAGGAGCCCAGGCAAGCUGCUUCUGAAUUUCAUCUUGAGGAAAUAAAAGAAACAGUGGAAAAGUCUGAGGCUCCAUCAAUUACUGAGAGUGCUUUUGAUACUAGUUUAGAGAAACUCCUUAAAGAAAUACCUGAAGUUUCUUACCAGCUCCAGAUGUCAGUGAAGGAAGAAACUCCUGAGGAGUCCUCACUGUUAGAGAAGACUAAGUUCUUGGGUACAGUGUCCCAUUUUUACUGGACAGCCUCAGAGGCAUCUGAAAUGAAGGUUAAGAGCAAUGUUUUGAAAUGUCAAGUCAACCAAUGUGAUAAAGAAUUGGGAGGAGAUAAAACUGUGACUGGUGUAUUGGUAGAUCUCUGUGGUCCUGAGAGUGGGAUUGAGAGCUCUGGAAUCCCACAACUUUGUGUAGACCAUGAAAUAGGGACCAUUAAAACUAUGUACUCUUCAGAGGACAGGGAAUGUGAGAUUGCAGGGAGAGAAGGGAAUUUUCAGGAGCGUGACUUUCAAGAAGCUCCUGAACGAAAUAAUCUGUCCAGAUAUAGGCAACCCAUUUCUCUCCUGAUGAACCAAGAAAACCCUACAGAAGCAAGUAAAAUUGAACUGUUUCUGGCAUCACCAUAUAAGAGAAAAGAGAAAGAGGAAGAAAAAGUUUUCUUUGACUCUGAUUUUUCCGAUGGAAACAUCAGUUCUAAUGCCGAGAGCGGGAGAUACACCAGUUCAGAAGAAGAACCCAGUCCUGUUUUCAAAACUAUGGAAAGGAGUGCUGCUAGGAAAAUGCCUUGCAAAAGUCUAGAAGACAUUUCAUCAGAUUCAUCAAAUCAAGCAAAAGUAGAUAAUCUGCCAGAAGAAUUAGUACGUAGUGCUGAAGAUGAUCAAAAAGCAGAUCAGGAACCAGAAACAAAUGAAUGCAUACCAGGAAUUUCCACAGUGCCAUCACAACCUGGUAAUCAGUUUUCCCAUCCUGACAAACUCAAAAGGAUGAGCAAGUCUGUUCCAGCAUUUCUCCAAGAUGAGAGUGAUGACAGAGAAACAGAUACAGCAUCAGAAAGCAGUUACCAGCUCAGCAGACACAAGAAGAGCCCGAGCUCUUUAACCAAUCUUAGCAGCUCCUCUGGCAUGACGUCCUUGUCUUCUGUGAGUGGCAGUGUGAUGAGUGUUUAUAGUGGAGACUUUGGCAAUCUGGAAGUUAAAGGGAAUAUUCAGUUUGCAAUCGACUAUGUGGACUCAUUGAAGGAGUUGCAUGUUUUUGUGGCCCAGUGUAAGGAUUUAGCAGCAGCGGAUGUGAAAAAACAGCGUUCAGACCCAUAUGUAAAGACCUAUCUGUUGCCAGACAAAGGCAAAAUGGGCAAGAAGAAAACAUUUGUAGUGAAGAAAACCUUGAAUCCUGUAUACAACGAGAUAUUGAGGUACAAAAUUGAAAAGCAAAGCUUAAAGACACAGAAGCUUAAUGUAUCUGUUUGGCAUCGGGAUACAUUUAAACGCAAUAGUUUCCUAGGUGAAGUAGAACUUGAUUUGGAAACAUGGGACUGGAACAACAAACAGAAUAAACAGUUGAAGUGGUACCCUCUGAAACGGAAGACAGCGCCAGUUGCCCUUGAGGCAGAAAACAGAGGUGAAAUGAAGUUAGCCCUUCAGUAUGUCCCAGAGCCAAGUCCUGGUAAAAAGCUGCCUACAACUGGAGAAGUACACAUCUGGGUGAAGGAAUGCCUUGAUCUACCACUGCUAAGGGGCAGCCAUCUGAAUUCGUUCGUUAAGUGUACCAUCCUUCCAGAUACGAGUAGGAAGAGUCGCCAGAAGACGAGAGCUGUGGGGAAAACCACCAACCCUGUCUUCAACCACACCAUGGUGUAUGAUGGGUUCAGGCCUGAAGAUCUGACCGAAGCCUGUGUUGAGCUUACUGUCUGGGAUCAUUACAAAUUAACUAACCAGUUUUUGGGAGGUCUUCGGAUUGGCUUUGGAACAGGUAAAAGCUAUGGUACUGAAGUAGACUGGAUGGAUUCUACUUCCGAGGAAGUUGCUCUCUGGGAGAAGAUGGUAGACUCCCCCAAUACUUGGAUUGAAGCAACACUGCCCCUCAGAAUGCUGUUGAUUGCCAAGAUUUCCAAAUGA